AUGACCUUCACUCAAAGAUUCGAUGGUUAUAUUCAACCUUGUACAAACUUGAUCUUCCUCCCAGUCGCUGUCGUGCUAUCUGCAUGGGUUAUCACCAACUGUGCAAAACAAUGGAUGCGCAGUCGUAAACAACGCUCUCAGCCGGUCAAGGUUGAAGCAGUAGUUCCUGAAAAGACACCAAUAAUUGAGCCUUUGCAUGAUUUUGACUGGAAGACGGCACCGAAACGUCAAUUACGACCAUUCAAACCGACAUAUCACAUCACCAUGGCUAUUCAGUCUAACACGCCUUCAGAGUUGAUCACUAUCGAUGAAGACUAUCUUGAUCGCAUCACCCAACGACGUAGCAUCAUCGCUACCCAUGGCCCAACUGUUCAUGGCUGCAUCCCGGAAGGCGACGCAGCAGUAUGUGAACUCUACACUUAUCUCUUAUCUGAACAGCUUCCCACACGUUUCCCGACUAUCUUCCAGCUGUCCCAAGAUAAAUCGAUUUGCAAAAACCUGGCAACAGGAAUGUCUUUCCCGACGCUUCCCCAAGGCAGUGCGGAUGCGGCGCUGCGUGUUCUUGGUGAGACGAUUGAAGAAGAUCUCUUUCUGCUGCGACAGACAUCUGAGGGUCAUCAGUCUAUUGCAUUCAUGUGCUGUUUCCCUUCUGGUUUUGACCCGUCAACUAAACUGGGCAAAACACUUGUCGAAAUCCACGCUCCUGUGCCGUCGUAUGAAAAGAUUGGCUCUAGUAUGGAGAGGUUCUUUGCAAAGCUGGAGGUGGGCAAGAGUGUAAAGCGAACAAAUUGGUCCGUUCAAACACAUACAGAGCUGUUUAAUUGUCAAGGCAAUCACAUUACUGGCGACGAUGCUUAUCAGCAUGACGAAGAUGUAGCUAUCGAAAAGACUUUCCUCCGAAUUGAGCUCCAAACUCUCACCCGUCUACCAAAGACCGGUGCUAUCCUUUUCUCUUUCAAAACCUAUCUUUAUCCAGUCCGUCGGAUCAAAGAAGAGGGUCUUGGAUCUGCUUUUGCCGAUGCUAUCGAGGGUCUGUCAAAGGGUAAUGCGCCAGGAAUGUGGACAUAUAAAAGUGCAGUACGCUGGGGAAGCAGUGUGAUAGAAUAUCUUAGAUCUUAA